GCACAAGAAAAGGAAAGAGUUAAUACUAAGAGGAGUCUAGGAGUAAAAGGGUUGCUUCACUUUUCAUUUCCCAGCGGCGAAAUUUUAAUCUCCCGGGCAGUUCCAUUCGGAAUCUACUCUACAGAGAUUUACGAUCUUACGUUUUACGCUUGACCGAUCCCUUCUUUGUCCUAAGGGAUCAGCCAUGGCCAUUGCUUCAACGGCUGCUUCAGAAACGAAACCAGAGUCUAAUUCGAAAGUUAAGGGUCAGGGCGGUCGUAAGAAAAAGGAGAAGGGCUCACAGAUACCAGAAGAUGGUACCUUAUCGCAGUCAUCAGAGAUCGUGGAGGAGAAGCAGAAGCAGAAGAGGAAGAGAACUGAGAAUCCAGGUGUUCGUCUUAUCGGCGGUCGCUUAUACGAUUCUGAGAAUGGGAAAUCUUGUCAUCAGUGUCGACAAAAGACCAUGGAUGUUAUGGCACCUUGCAAGAAUAAGAAAAAAGAUAAACAAUGCACGAUCCUGUACUGCCAUAAGUGUUUGUUGAAUAGGUUUGGAUCCUAUGAUGUCCUUAAUUGUAAAGCAACUUACAUAUCUUUUGUUGAGUUAAAAAGAUUUUAUUUGAGCUUAAAAUGGUUACUUCUAUUUGAUUCCAGGUAUGGCGAGAAAGCAGAGCAGGUGUCAGUUGUAGAGGAUUGGUUUUGUCCUAGGUGCCGAGGCAAUUGUAACUGCAGCUUUUGCAUGAAGAAAAGGGGGCACAAACCUACUGGUAUACUUGUGCACACAGCUAAGUCAAUUGGUUUUUCUUCGGUUUCGGAGAUGCUUCUAGUUAGAGGUUCCGAUAAUCAGUCAGGAAAGGAACCUCCACUUUCCAUACAAGAGAAACAGGACAAGAACAUUGUAAGUGAAGAUACUGAUAUUGAUCUUGCCGACCAAAAAUGUAAGAAGGUGAAAGAGGAAAAUGUGCAGGAUGGAAGGUAUAAUGAUGUUGUCCAGGAGAUGCAGAAUGGAGACCUAAAAAGUGGGACAAAAGGGAAAACUGUUCGUAGGAAACCUACAAAAUUGAAAGUUGAAAAAGAUUCUAUUUGCUCCAUCAGUAGAAGUAUUGUUGCUGAAAUUCCACUUCCGGAAGGAUCAGAAUUGAAAUCUGUGUUAUCGAUUGAACUGCAACCUGAAGAAGUUGGCCAUGCAUUGCAGUUCUUAGAAUUUUGCACUGCUUUUGGAGAGGUUAUUGAACUCAAGAAAGAUGAGCCUCAGUACAUUCUCAGAGACAUAGUUCGUGGGGGGCGUGUGCGUGAAGGGAAAUCUUCUCCAGUUGCACAGUUUCUUGUCCAGUCAUUAUCACUGAUACAAUCUGAUUCUGGAGAAGGGUCUCCUGUGAUAAGCCAUUCUUUAAGCCACAAAAAUUCAUGGCUUCGUGCACUGCAUAAAUGUCUCUCUGAAUCAAAAUAUUUAUCAGAACAACUAAAAUUAGAUCAGUUUGAUGGAGGAGCGGACAGUUACGAUAGUCUGAACUCAAUUGAAAGGCUUAUACUUGUGAACUUUGUCUGUGAUGAAGUUCUUUGCACCAGCAAGGUAAGGACUUAUAUCGAUGAACAAAAGUUGAAAUUUUAUGAGAAGGUGAAAGAAAAUAAAGAAAAAGUGGUUGCUGCAAAACAAAAAAAAAAACAAUUGAAACAGCAGAUGAGGGACGAGGUGGCUCAAGCUAUCAUUGCAAAAAAUAGCAUUCCCCUUUCCAUUUCCGAACAUGAAGCCAUAGUAUCAAAAAAUAAGAUGCAAGUAGCCGAAGCUCAUGAUGAGAUGCUGCAGUCAAAAGAGAUGUUGUGCACAGAAAAACAAUACUGCAAGGCUAUUAGGACAAAGCCCAUUCUCGUAGACACAGAAGGCCACUCAUUUUGGAGAUUGAAGGGUUUUGAUGAUGAGUUUAACGUUUUACGUCUAGAUGCAAGUCUCCAACCUGAAUCUGAGUACAGUGAAAAAUGGUUCAUAUAUGAAGAGCAGAAGGAAGAGAUGGAGAAAUAUUUAUCUUUCAGGCAAACAAGAUGACAAAAGGAUGGCAUUUCUUCCUUCAGACUGGUUAGGUAAAUGGACAAAUUUAGACAGCAACAGUUUUUUUUUUUGUUUUUGUUUGGUUACUCAGCAAUGUGUAUCUAUUACUAUGAGAGGCCAUCACUUGUUUGGCUGUGUUUUACUAUACUCCUCUCUAUUGCAGCAUUUCUUCUCUUCUCUUCUUCUCAUCUUUAAACUAUAUAUAGAACUAAGAACUUCUUAUGGUUUGAGAAAUUGAAUGGCAUGUCUUGAGACUCUUAACAUUUUUUAUGAAUACAAGUCAUAUUUAGAAACCAUGAUGAUAAUUGAUAACUUUAAGUUAUUGUGUUUUUUUUUCAAUAAAAACUUCAAAUUAUUGUGUUA